GCACCUCCGCACAAUCGCGACGUUUUCCAACACCGAGUCUGGAAAAAUGUCACGUCGAAACGUCGAAAGCAACGAUAAAAGACACAAAUAAUAAAAAAAAGCUUAUUUUGCGCAGGCAUUCGUAUAUUUCAAGUAAAUGCAAGGCCAUGCGAUUGCAUAUUUAGUUCGUGCUAUCAAUUUGUGAGUUAAAUUGUCGAGAUUUGAAACGCAACAACAACGAAACGCAGUUUAGGGCCACUGCCACUGCAUUUUUGCGAGAGAGUGUGAAAAGUGCGUGUGUGCAAAAAGAGAAUACAAAAUAAAGAGGGCGCAAAAGAGGCAGCGAAGACAACAACACACAAAAACACAAAACACCCACACACACUCGAAAAGGCGAACACCCGCACACCCAAAACACACACCCACACCCAAACAACUCCAGCGUCGAGUCAGCAAAUUGUGCCACACACACAAAACGGAGAAAGAGGAAGAAGAGUAGCAGCAAAAAAAAAGAGCUGCUCUUUUUUACAUCUCCAAGAACUCCAUAAAUAUUGAAAACUCCGGAAUGAAUCGCACCGACGGAUUGGUUCGACGCUCGGUGAAACCCCGGGAAAACGGGGGGGCGGAGGGCGGACUAAAUGCGAACACGCCGGAUGACAAUCAGGACGCAAUGGAUGGCCUAAAAGACCAAGAGGACAACAUCGACGAUGGCGAUUCCAAGGAGACCAGGCUCACGCUCAUGGAGGAGGUCCUGCUGCUGGGACUCAAGGACAAGGAGGGCUACACAUCUUUCUGGAACGACUGCAUAUCAAGCGGUUUGCGCGGAUGCAUUCUCAUAGAACUUGGAUUGCGAGGUCGCGUGAUGAUCGAGAAGUCUGGCAUGAGACGACGUGGCCUAUGUACAAGAAAAUUGAUUCUAAAAUCGGAUCAGCAGACUGGCGAUGUUUUACUUGAUGAGGCACUUAAACACAUUAAAGAAACAGAUCCCCCAGAGACGGUGCAGAGCUGGAUUGAAUAUCUCAGUGGUGAAACAUGGAAUCCGUUGAAAUUGCGCUACCAGCUGAAAAAUGUACGCGAACGUCUGGCCAAGAAUCUGGUGGAGAAGGGUGUACUCACAACGGAAAAACAAAAUUUUCUACUCUUCGAUAUGACGACACAUCCGCUGAGCGAUAAUGUUGUCAAAUGUCGUCUGGUUAAGAAGAUACAAGAUUCUGUGCUCUCCAAAUGGGUGAAUGAUCCGCAGCGCAUGGACAAGCGGAUGCUGGCGCUAAUCUUCCUGGCGCACGCCAGCGAUGUGAUUGAGAACGCCUUUGCGCCGCUAAAUGAUGAUGACUACGAGGUGGCCAUGAAGCGGGUGCGGGAGCUGUUGGAUCUCGACUUUGAAACGGAGGCGGCCAAGCCGAAUGCCAACGAGAUCCUGUGGGCGGUGUUCAUGGCGUUUACGAAAUAGACGAUCCUCUGAUCCUCUCCGCUCCUCUCAAUAGCACACACACACACACAAACACACCCUAAAAACACACACCCAAACCCACAUCUGGAACACAUUUUGCUGCGUUUGUUUUAGAAACUUUGCUGUGAGUGGAACCGAAUCGGGCGAUAGGAUUUUCUUAAAUGGCAACCACCCCAAAAAUCAGUUUCAAUAGUAUAUAUUUUUUAAGCGAGAUGAUGAAGCAGCCAUAAAGCCUAUAUAAAUACAUAUAUGUUUAACGAAACUGCAAUAGUAUCAAUCAACUGUUCCAUUGUUCUCCCUUUUUUUUCCUGUUCAUUGAGCAUUUUAUAUGCAAAUGUUUUCCAACCAUAAUGAGUAAAUUGUGCUCCACGGCAAAUAGAGUAGCUGAUGAUUUCUCAUGCAAAUCAUAAUUUAUAAUGGAGAAUUCAAAACUGCAGCAUUGUUUUUGUAAUUAUAUAUCUAACACUAAUUGUAAGCGCCAACAAAAAACUCUGAUAAAGUCUGGGCAAGCUGAGUGCAAAUGUCUUAUGUCAAAUAUCCUACAUAUAUUUUAAAUUCCACUUUAUUAUUGUGUGUUUAUCUGUCACGUAUAUUCGAGCCCUACCCAUUUACUUGAUUGCGCGACGAAAAUUAGUUUCAAACGUUUCUCGAUAUCCGCAAUUUUUAACUUAGUUCGCAGAUAGUUUAAAACAUAAGUAAUGCAACAUCCCACACGAACAGACAGACAAAUUCACACGGAGCGACAUUCAAUCUAGGCAAUGUUUUAAUUUAAAUUGUUAUUGAAUUUCGGGAACAUUGAAGUUGAAAAACCUUUUUCUAACUGCUAUAAGAAAAAUAAAGAACGACGAGAAGGGACAACAGAAAACAAAAAAUUAUGUAAAUGUAAAAUGUGCACGUCAAAUAAUAAUAAUUCUUAGAUAUUUAAAGGCCUAAUAAAAUAUAAUACAAGUAUAUAAAU